ACGUGUAAAAUGCGAUGAAGCAAAGCCAGGUUGUCAAAGAUGCAACAAAUUUGGCCGUAUGUGUGAUGGAUAUGAUGAGCGCAAAAGCCCUAGUUUUCAGCCACAAGCGAAUCCAAGGAGAAUUUAUCCUCGAACGGAGACUAAUAGGCAGUCAUUACGAACGAUUUUGGCACCCAAACCUUUACCACUUUCAUUUAAAAUUGCACCCAUUGGAGAACAGGAAGCAAUAUAUUUUCAAAUAUUUCAACACGAAACUAUAAAUAAUCUUGCCGAUGGCCGCAAAUCGCCACUCUGGCAUGGAAUAGUGAGACAAGCGUGUCUGGAAGAACCAUCCAUCUUUCAUUGCGCCAUAGCCAUUGCUGCUCUGAGUAGAGCAUGUAAAUCGAGGUCAUCAAAUCCCUCCUCGCAAUUUGAUUUUCAUCAUCGUCAUGCCCUUCAACAAUAUGGAAAAGCGCUCAAAGAAUUGCAGAAAGUAAUCGCUCGAGGCGAUUCUUGUAUUCGCACUACCCUCAUUUCCUCUUUACUCAUCUUUUGUUUUCAAAACUUUCAUGGGGAUGUCCGACUUGCCAUAAACAAUGUCAGGACAACGAUAGAUCUCAUGUACAAUUGGAUCUCUAGUCAGACGAAUACUACUACCCAUAUUAAUAUUAGUCCUGCACCGCACAUCCUCGAACAUGAAGUGGUUGAAGCAUUUGCUCGUCUUGAUGCUCAUCUCGUAAAUUGGAUCGGUGUCUCCCGAUCUUCAUGCGAUGUCAUUCCUCUCGUUUCCCCAGACUCUUUCGAUGCUUUACCAAUCCCAACCAUCUUUACUUCCCUCAAGGAAGCGAAACUUUCUUUAGACAACAUCAUAUCACGACUUUUCCUGGACAAAGUUUCCGGUCCAACUACGCCCUCACUGACAAGCAUUUCCCAAUACGCCAUUUCAGAAGCCUCUGAGCCUCCGUUUGCGAAAGAACUUAGAUCCUGGACAUCCGCAUUCCAACCAAUUUUUGACAUCGCUCAAUCUCGAAUCGACAGAGACCCAAAAGAUCAUAGCGAAUUUAUCCCUGCCGGAAUCUUGCACUGUCAAUGUUUAGCACUACGGAUCGUCUUUUUGUCAUCAUAUUAUUCUCGUCUGAACAUCGAAUCGUAUAAUUCAUCCUCUCGCUUCCCCUCUUCAAAAGGCAUUCAAUCAUCUCCUCAAUUCUCGAAUAAAGAUAGUGAUAAGGAAAUUCACAAACUUUUAAUUCCAGUGUAUUCCGAGAUUACCACCGUUUUCAGAGCCAUAGUCAAUCAUCCAGCAUUUAUUAAAUCGUUUAUUUUCGGAUGUGGUUUAAUACCUCAGCUAUUCGUCGUGGUAUGUAAGUGCCCAGAUGAAAUGAUCAGACGAGAAGCAAUACAGAUAUUGAAGGAUGCUGGAGGAAGAAGAGAAGGGAUUUGGGAUGCGAAGACUGUGGGAUUUGUUGGUGCGGACAUAUUAAGAUGUGAAGCUUUUGAUGAGCAUGUCAGAAACCUUCAGAAUCAGUAUGAUAUUUCUUCUACUGGAAACCGUCCAAGUGAAGAGGAUAUCAUAGGGAACGAUGCAUCGGCUUGGGAUUAUUGUAAAUAUAUACGUCAAGGGAUUCAGCUGCAGAAACCCAUAAAGUGGGCUGAAGUCCACUUUGCAUAUCUGGGGAUGAAGAUGAAGCUUCCGGUAAUGAGGCGGGAAGAAGUGACGAAUAACAAGGAAGGAGUCGAGCAUCACUGGGAGAGAUAUAAGGAUGAGGUCGAGGAAAUGCACCUGCUGGAUUGGGUUGAACAAUAUCUUGACCCCCAAGGAGAUGGUUUAGUUUCGUGAUUUGUUGGUCUAUAGUAUCUCGGAGUAUGGCGAGAAAUUGAAUUUUUGGAGUUAUAGAAAUACCAGUUGGCUUGUGGCUGAUGAUCCAUGGUUUGGGGGGUUAUUUUAUGUAUUAUUCGGAGCAUCUAAGAAUAGGCAAACAUGAGAUGAGACUAUAGAUUCUCUUUUAGACAGAUCUUGCUCCGCGAAUAAUGAAAUAUAACCGAACAAGUCA